AUGAACGCCAGCAUAGCAAGCCAAACAGGUGGCAGAUCGUUGAGCAAUACGAAUCGACUCUCUAGAGACAUCAACGAAAGGGCAAUAUCGCUUUUACAGAAAAACCGGCAGCACAGGGAGCUGUUGCAGCGGCGAGGAGAAGACCGCAGAAGAUAUGUUCCAUCAGAAGAACCUUCUCAAAUUGAUAUAUCUGCACCUGCUGUAACACAAAUUCGCCGGCGCAAAGCGAGCACAAAAAGGUACCGUCCGAGCGAUACAGCGUUACAAGAAAUACGCAAGUAUCAGCGAAGCACAGACCUUUUAAUCUCAAAGAUGCCCUUUGCACGCUUGGUCAAAGAGGUCACAGACCAGUUCACCACCGAGGAACAGCAGUUGAGAUGGCAGUCAAUGGCUAUAAUGGCACUACAGGAAGCAAGUGAAGCAUACUUAGUUGGUCUCUUGGAACACACAAACCUAUUAGCGUUACAUGCAAAGAGAAUCACUAUUAUGAGGAAAGACAUGCAAUUGGCCAGGAGAAUUCGAGGCCAGUUUAUUUAG